AUGAUUCCCGGGUCGGAUUCAAUGGGUGCUCCCACGAGUUUCUCAUCUCGUAGACCCAAUGCUUCGAACCUUCCCAACUUCGAGCUGCCUCCUCCUCAAUUGACGUCGCUGCACCAGAAGUACCACUCAUAUGCUACCACCUCGCAGCCGACUCCCUCUAUCCCCUCGAGCUUGACCAGCGUCGGCAACUUGUUGACCCCUCCAAGCGGCAUCUCGAGCGACGGUCUCAGCCCUAACUCUUCUAACAUGCCGACCGGCAGCUCCCACGCCAACCAGGCGGUACCGCCAUUCACCCCUACCGGUUACAUGUGGCCCCCUUCUCAUACCGGCACUACUCCUUACGGAUUCCAGUCCCACAACAGUCCCAACCAGCGAGGCCUCUUUUCUCCAUCCCUCAACUCGAUUGUCAAGGGCAACAACUCGCCUCAUUCUUCCGAGAGCCUGCCUCCUCCAAACUUCCCCGAGAACCCUUUCCCUACCUCUAUGAGCAUGUCGGCACCCGUCAACUUGCCAGCUCUGCCUUCUCAGUCAUCCAGCAUUGGCUCAGCAAUGAUGGGAGGCCACACCNCCGUGACUCAGCCUUCGCCAGUGAGCCACCACGAUUCUUAUGCAAGACCUCCCNCUACGCCCACCUAUUUCCAUGGAUCUCAACACAGCCACAAUGGCCAAUCAUCAUAUGCCUACUCUUCUGGACCUUCGCCUGUUCAACAGAGCCCGAUGAGUGCAGGUGGUCAGAUCCCACGCAUGUCCCCCGCAAACGGUCACGGAUCUAUUCCGCCACUUCAACCACAGAAUGCGCAGUCAUACCAGCACCAGCGCCCAUCAUACCAAUACCCAGGCCCGGUAUUGUCCAACGUCGGGAACCCCAACAGCCAGCUUGCCUUGGUCGGUGGUAUGCCCCCUUCGAUGAUGCCAGCAUACAACAGCGGCCACGCGGCACACAUGCAGCACAUGUACGGCCAUCACCCUCAGGCACAGCCAAACCCCCAGAACGACAGGCCUUUCAAGUGCGAUCAGUGUCCUCAGAGCUUCAAUCGCAACCACGAUCUGAAGAGACACAAGCGCAUCCAUCUUGCGGUCAAGCCAUUCCCCUGUGGACACUGUGACAAGAGCUUUUCCAGAAAGGAUGCUUUAAAGAGGCACAUCCUCGUCAAAGGUUGCGGCAAAGCGCCUACCAACUCGGCCGAUGGCGAUAGAAAAGACGGUUCGAUAUCUCCAGCUAUGAAGAGCGAGAAUUCGAGUCCCACCGUCUCUGCCUCCGCAUGA